UAAGUUGAUCAAAAUAUGUGCGCCAAAAAUAACAAGAAUAGAGAAAAAAAUUUUUCGUUAAACAUUUUGUAUUCAUAAUAUUAAAAAUGUCUUGCAAGAAGCCAAGCGGUGCUAUUAAACAAAAUUCCUUAUUUAAUUAUAUUAAAAAAGAAGAUCGCGGUACUAUUCAACAAACAAAUAAAGAUCCAGAAAAAAAAUCUAAAUUUGUUUGGAAAUCAAAAUCUUCAACCUCCAGCUUCGAUCCCCCAUUCAAGACGGACUUCGAUCAAAAGGAGGAUUCAAUCAAUAUUAAACCAGAUAUAUCAAAUGUUACAUCUCUGCACAGUGCUGUUAAUACUUCAACCAAUAUUACAUAUUAUAAUUCAAAAAUAAAUGAUCUAUCUGAUUCCAUGGAUGUGGAUGACAAUUCAUUUAGUGUUAAUGAUAAUCAAGUGAGUCCUUCACCCAGUUCAAAUAGAUCUAUGAGAAUAAGUGAAACUGCAUACCCAGCAAAAACAAAAGAUACAGAUAAGUCUUCAGUAACAAUUAAAAUAGCAGAAAAGGACAAAAAUCUCAGAACACCAAAAAAAAUAAGCCCAAAAAAAGACAAAGAUCCAUUAAGAAAUUUAAAGUUAGACAAUUCCAUAUCAGGUUUCCUGUUGAAUAUAUCUGAACAUCCCGCUAUAAGUAAAAAGCAUAAUGAGAAGAAAAUUAUCUCUCAUACUGACAUUGAAGAGUGUAAAACCAUGUAUAUAGAACUUUUAGAAAAAAUAAGUGAUGCAUUUAACAGAAUACCGAAUUGUAUAAAAGAAAAGUUUCCAGGAUAUGACAGUAAGACCUACUCAAAAAUAAACUAUUUAAAAACAAAAUUAAAGUCUGCCAUACAACAAAAACCAAGAGGCUGCUUACAAUCUUUUUCUGAAACACUUCAUUCAAGUAACGAAGUUAAUGGUAGAGAAAGUCCAUCAUUAUUGAAUGAUGAUGACCUUGAGGACUUUGAUCUGUCUAGUCAAAUAGCACAUAAAGUAAUUAACAAAGAUCUAAUUAAUAAUAUAGAAACUUCAACACCAGAUAUACCUACAUUUAACAAAAAUCAACCCAAUAAAACAAUAUACUCAGAUCUAGUACCUAAAAAAGCACUCUCUUUUGAUGUAUUUUCGCCCAGCAAUGGAUCUAUCAAAAGCAUAAAUUCUAGUAUAAACUCAGAUUCAGAAUCUUCAAACACAGAUCAAACUAAGAAGGGAAAAUUUGUUUUUAAAAGACCUUCACGAGCGGCUGAUGAUUUAAAUACUCCAACAAGGGAUGUACCUUCCAGUACAUUUGAAAGACUGAAGAUAGCAUCUGAAAAAUUGCAGCCUUUGGUAACCGAAGUGGCGCCAAAAUAUGCACCCUUAGGCAACAGUUCAGUAGCAUUUCAACCGCCUCAGCUGAGUAAAAGUGCGUUAAUGAAUUUAGGCAAACCUUGCACUGUUGUUUCACCAAUUGUUAAAGAGAGUCCUAGUGAAACUGAUUUUGAGGAUGCAGACGAUUACGAAGUGCCAAUAGAUAUGGACGACGUGACCGAUAUUAUUCCAGAAGAUUCGAGAACCAGUGUUAUAAAUAUAAGUGAUUCACUACCGAGUACGAGUAAAGUUCAAAUCAAUGAUAAAGAAUUUGCCAUAGAUGAUGAUGGGUGGCCAGAAUAUAACCCCGAGGAUUUUGGGGAAGUGAUGGAGGAAAAAGCCAGUGAUGUUAGUAAAGACGUGAUCAACCUAAUGGAUCAAUCGGUGACUGCACCAAAGUAUGAGGGAAUGGGUGAUUUUCAUGCGGGCACUAAAAAUGAUGGCAUAACAGGAGAAUUCGACGGAUCAAAUUUCCCCCAUUCAGGCCUAAUGAUGGAAAUGUUCAAAGAAAAAUUUGGGUUAAAGUCGUUUCGGCCAAAUCAACUUCAAGUUAUCAACGCUACAUUGCUAGGUCACGAUUGCUUCGUGCUUAUGCCAACUGGAGGAGGUAAAUCUCUAUGCUACCAGCUGCCUGCGAUAUUAACACCAGGUGUCACAAUAGUUAUAUCCCCAUUAAAAUCACUCAUUUUGGACCAAGUCAACAAAUUAUUGUCCUUGGACAUACCAGCUGCUCAUCUAUCGGGCGAUAUAUCUCUAGCUACUAUUGAGGAGGUGUAUCACAAAUUGUCUCUUCGUGAGCCCGCUAUCAAGCUUUUGUAUGUGACGCCAGAGAAAGUGAGUGGCUCACCGAAAUUCCAGAGCAUGCUGGACAUGCUCUAUUCGAGAGGGAAAAUUGCUAGAUUUGUGAUAGACGAGGCGCAUUGCGUCUCCCAAUGGGGUCAUGAUUUUCGGCCAGAUUACAAACGAUUAUUUAUGUUACGAGAACGGUUUCCGGAAACGACCCUUAUGGCGUUAACGGCCACGGCCACGCCCCGCGUACGAAUGGACAUUUUGCAUCAACUUAAGGUCACGAAUUGCAAAUGGUUUUUGAGCAGCUUCAACCGUCCGAACCUCGCAUACAGAAUAUUGGAGAAGAAGCCAAAGAAUAUCAACCAAGAUGUCGCUAAAAUCAUCAAGGAAAAGUUCUUCAGAGCGUCUGGGAUAGUAUACUGCCUCUCUCGCAAGGAGUGUGAGAAUCUUUCAGUGGAUUUGCGCAAGGUGGGCAUCCAGGCCGCGGCCUAUCAUGCCGGACUCACUGAUAAGAAGAGGGAGGCGGUCCAAGCUGGUUGGGUCGCUGAUAAGUUUACUGUGAUCUGCGCCACGAUAGCCUUCGGCAUGGGCGUGGACAAGGCGGACGUCCGCUACGUGAUCCACCACAGUAUGCCGAAGUCCGUGGAGGGCUACUACCAGGAGGCCGGGAGGGCGGGGCGAGACGGCGAACCCGCCACUUGUCUGCUGUACUACUGCUACGGGGACGUCGUUAGGUAUCGCCGCUUGCUGGAUCUGGAAAGAAACGCGACACCCGAAGCGAAACGCGUCCACAUAGAAAAUCUUCUACGAAUGGUGGAAGUUUGCGAAAGCGUCUCCGAAUGUCGGAGGGCCCAAGUGCUGACUUAUCUCGGAGAGAAGUUCUCCAGAGAGUUGUGUAAGAGAGACAAAAGGACCGCGUGCGAUAACUGCCUCAAUGAUCACAACUAUAAGCCGGUGGACGUCACCGAAGAGUGCAAGGUGAUAGCCCGGGCCAUCCGCGACGCGGGUCGUUCCAGUUUCACCCUUUUGCACAUCGCCGACGCCUUACGAGGCUCUAUGCAACAGCGGAUAUCCGGUUUGAGGGAGAGUCCUUUACAUGCAAGAUGCAAGAGCUGGCCUCGUGGUGAUGCACAGCGUCUUCUGCGUCAGAUGGUGGUUCGAGGGCUGCUGGCAGAGAAGCUGGUCGUGAACAAGGACAUCGCCAGCGCAUAUGUGACGCUGGGGCCUAAUAUACAAAAGCUGAUGUCUGGCAACCUCCGAGUGGUGUUCCCGAUGAAGGUGGAGAAGAAGGCAACCCUCGUGACGACGGAAGUGGCCACAGACAGAAAGGAGACCCCCAUCAUUGCUCUCAUCAAGAGGAUCGAGGAGCGAUGCUACGCUGACCUGGUUGAGGCUUGCAGGGAAAUGGCAGCCGCACGGGGGUCAUCCCUAACCGCAGUGCUGCCGCUGGCGGCUCUCAAGGCGAUGUCCAUACGAUUGCCAGAAAGUGCGCCAGACAUGCUGACACUGCCUCACAUCACACGGGCCAACUUCGAGAAGUACGGACAGGACCUGCUCCAGAUAACGUCUGCUUAUGCCAUCGAGAAGAUAGGUCUCUUAAUGCAGUACCAGGAUGAAUUAGAAGACGAGAAGAAGCAAGAGGACAAAGAGUUUCAGAACGAUUCUGGAUCCGACACGGACUGGGGAAGUCUGGCCCGUGACGUCAGCACUGGCUCCUCUCGGGGAAGGGGAAGGGGGACUUAUAGGGGGGGAGUAAGAAAGAAGUACAGACGCAAGAAGACUCCGUCGUCUGCCAAGAAGAAGGCCUAUCGAGGGACCUUCGCCCGCAAAGGCCGAGGCACCACUGGCGCCAAGCGCUCUCCCGCUAAGUCUGGCUCUUCGGGUGGUAGCAAGUUGGGCAGUAUGCCGGUACCUCGGACCACGCUGGCAAACAUACGACCUGGAGUUGCCCAUUCUAGUAAAUUAAACUUCUAAAUCGCCGCUUAGUUGAUUCGGUUAAUUAAUAAUUAGACAUUCAAAGUACAUUUUUUUUUAAUUUUCUUUUUUAUGUUUGUAAAUAUUUAACACAGAAACUGAAUGAUUACAUUUUUUUUCCUUUUUAUGAGUUAUUCUGUUAUUUCUUUUCUUUGGUAUACUUAAGUGACCUAAUCUGUGAUUCUGUGUAAAUAAUAAAUCUACUUGUAAAAAU